GGACAGCGUAUGGUGGCAUUAUUUCUGACGCUGGCGCUGUCCACCUACCUCAGGCCAUCCUCCCUGCUCAGGCUGCGCCCCAGGGAGAGCGUGAAGCCGUGUGCUGGCAGUCCUCACUGGGGCUGGUUGGUGCACCCGCAGGAGCGGCUAGCUCCCGACAAGACUGGAGCGUUCGACCUGCGUUUGAAGCUGGAUUCGAAAUGGCUGCUGUGGCUGGGGCCGCUCCUCGAGAACAUGUAG